AUUAAGAAUGUCUGUAAUCUGUACAAUGUGCGGUUAAAUGAAUUCUUAGCUCAAUAACUUUUUAAUAUACAUAUUUAUUUAUUAAUCAGGUUAAUAAAUUGGAAAGCAUAAUGAAGACAGCAUUAAUGGUGGCUGAAAAGCCGUCCCUGGCUCAAAAUCUAGCAAAUAUUCUCAGUAAUGGAAAAUGCAAUACCAACAAGGGCUCUAAUUCAGCUUGCGCAGUUCAUGAGUGGACAGGUACCUUCAAAAACGAACCUGUGAAAUUUAAAAUGACUUCAGUGUGUGGUCAUGUGAUGAGCUUAGAUUUCACUGGCAAAUAUAAUAAUUGGGAUAAAGUAGAUCCCGUUGAACUGUUCAUAUGUCCUACAGAGAAGAAGGAAGCAAUGCCAAGACUUAGGAUUCCCGCUUUCCUAGCACAGGAGGCUAGAGGAUGUGAUUAUCUCAUUCUUUGGUUGGAUUGUGAUAAAGAAGGGGAAAAUAUAUGUUUUGAGGUUAUGUCCUGCGUUCAAAACUACAUGAAAGGUGACGUGUACUCACCAGCAGUGACAUUUCGGGCGCGAUUUUCAGCCAUCACAGAUAAAGAUAUUAAAACAGCCAUGAUGAAUCUGGUUAGACCAAAUGAAAGCGAAUCUCGGAGUGUUGACGCCAGACAGGAACUAGAUUUGCGUAUCGGAUGUGCCUUCACGAGAUUCCAGACGAAGUAUUUUCAAGGUCGCUACGGUGAUUUGGACGCGUCUCUCAUAUCGUACGGUCCCUGCCAGACUCCGACACUCGGAUUCUGUGUCCAACGCCACGAUGACAUCCAGACCUUCAAACCGGAAACCUAUUGGGUGUUGAGAGUGACCGCCUCCACCUCCGAGGGCAGAGAGCUCCCGCUUGAAUGGAAACGUGUCAGGAGCUUCGAAAAGGACAUAGCUAACAUGUUCCUGGUCGGCAUCAAGGAAUUCAAAGAGGCCACAGUUGUCAAUAUCCAAGCUAAAGAGAAGAUAAAGUCUAGACCGACAGCUCUCAACACUGUUGAGUUGAUGAGGGUAGCCAGUGCUGGUCUCGGUAUGGGACCACAUCACGCUAUGCAGAUUGCUGAACGUCUGUACACUCAAGGUUAUAUAUCAUAUCCUAGGACAGAGACGACGAGUUAUGGAGAGAAUUUUGAUCUUAUUGGCAGUCUUCGUCAACAACAGAAUUCUAACAAGUGGGGUUCUGAGGUACGAGCUUUACUGGCUAAUGGUAUCAAUAAGCCCAAGAAGGGCCACGACGCGGGUGACCAUCCACCGAUCACUCCUAUGAAGCCUGCCUCCGAAUCCGAGCUGGAGGGUGACAUGUGGCGUAUAUACGACUACAUCACGCGGCAUUUCAUAGCGACACUGUCGCGCGACUGCCGCUACCUCAGCACGACCCUUACCUUCAGCGUGGGCUCCGAGACGUUCUAUUACACUGGCAACACUCUGGUCGACGCUGGCUACACUGAGAUCAUGCAUUGGCAGGCUUUCGGUAAGGAUGAGUUCGUCCCAGUACUGAAGGUGGACGAGGUGCUUCGGGCACACGACCACCGCCUUGUGGAGUGUCAGACCUCGCCCCCGGACUACCUCACCGAGUCUGAGGUGAUAACUCUGAUGGAGAAGCACGGGAUCGGCACGGACGCGUCCAUACCUGUUCACAUCAAUAACAUCUGUCAGAGGAACUACGUCAGCGUCGGCAGCGGGCGGCGGCUCGUGCCCACCAGCCUGGGCGUCGUGCUCGUACAUGGAUAUCAGAAGAUCGAUCCGGAGCUAGUGUUACCGACGAUGCGAUCGGCCGUCGAGGAGCAGCUCAACCUCAUCGCAAUCGGUCGAGCCGAUUUCCACGCGGUGUUGAGUCACACCACGGAGAUCUUCAGGCGGAAGUUCCAAUACUUCGUGAGGUCCAUAGAGGCCAUGGACCAACUGUUCGAGGUCAGCUUUUCGUCGCUCAAGACCAGCGGCAAGGCGCUGUCUCGGUGCGGCAAGUGCAGGAGAUACAUGAGAUACAUACAGGCGAAGCCCGCCCGCCUGCACUGCUCCCACUGUGACGACACCUACACGCUGCCUCAGCACGGCACGGUCCGCAUUUACCGCGAGCUGAAGUGUCCUCUGGACGACUUCGAGCUGCUGUCCUGGUCCACCGGCAGCAAGGGGAAGAGCUUCCCGCUCUGCCCCUACUGCUACAAUCACCCACCAUUCAGGGAUAUGAAGAAGGGCUUCGGCUGUAACUCCUGCACUCACCCCACUUGUCCCUACGGCGUGAACUCCACCGGCGUCUCCGGCUGUGUCGAGUGUGAUGGAGUUUUAGUUUUGGAUCCCUCGGCGCCGAAGUGGAAGCUGGCGUGUAACCGUUGUGACGUCAUCAUUAACGUGUUCGAGGACGCGAGCCGCGUGUCCGUGUGCGAGGCCGCGUGCGCGUGCGGCGCUCAGUUAGUGUGCGUCGAGUACCGCGCCGAGCGGACCAAGCUGCCGGCCGCGCUCACGGAGAUGACCGCCUGCCUUUACUGCGAGCCGGCUUUCAGCGCGCUUGUGGAGAAGCAUCGUGCGGUGGCGCCCCGGAGCGGAGGGUCGCGAGGACGGAGCGCCAGGGGCAGAGGGAAACAUCGCAACAAACAACCCAAAGACAAAAUGGCCCAAUUAGCGGCGUAUUUCGUAUAAACUGACAUUUAUUCUGUUGUGGUUGAAAUAAAAACAUUUUUAAAGAAUUUCGUAGUGCCACAGCUCUGGCAGAAAGUUUCAGAACCGAACAAUAAGCUCUUAUUAAAAUUCUUAUGUGACCAGGGCAAUGUCUAAUUUCAGUUUUUGGGUAGAUAAAUAACUAAAUGUCCAAAUCGAAGCAAUUACGAUUUCUUUUGUCGUAAUUUCUAAUAAAACGCAUAUAACACUGUUUCAGUUGCACAACAUUCAAUAUAUAUAUAAAAUCUCUAUAUAUACAGACAACAAUCUAAAGAAAUCUGAUAUUUCGAGACCACAUUUUUGUAAUAAUUUAAUUUCACACAGGUAAAUGGUUAUUUUCUCAAAACCGCCAUUAAUGAAGGGCUUGUUUCCUAAGUCCAGUUUUAAUGUUUAAUCUGUGGUGUCAGUGAUUAAAAAUUUUGGUAGCACACAGGAAAGCUAUCACGUGUUUUUUUUUACCAUUUCAGCUUAAUGCCAUAUGCCACGCUUUUUUUGUUUAUAAGAUCUGUCAGGGAGACGAAACCACAAGUAUAUUAUAGAUUAGUACAGAAAGUAUGUGGAUCUUUGAACUUUAUAUGUAAUUGAGGAACUUUGUCUAUUUAUUAUUACCGUGUAAGUAAGUGGAAAUAAACAGCUGUCUAAUA